UUUUCGUCUUUUUGUCAAGAGACUUAAAUUUUAUCACACAAAAAAAGGCAUUUUUAUCUACAAGUUUUGCUAAUUUCUUGGCUUAUAUUCAUGAACACGACUACUUACAUUGGGGAUUGCCGAAUAUCAUUAUUCAACAUAUCUUCUAAGGGAUUUUGGGAGAACCUAAAAUCGCUCGAUGUAGUUUUUGGGUACUCGUUGCCUCUCCUGGAGAUUCAAAUAAUACUUAUAUUCUUUUGUAUUGUCAUGUCUCACAUGUUCCUCAGAUGCAUCGGCAUUUCCCAGAUCGUUUCAUAUAUGAUUGCUGGAAUAAUUCUAGGGCCUCAACUUUUCGAUUUACUGGAGAAUUCUUCAGAGAAACUAUCGGCGGAUCCUGCGUUGGAUGGAACUGCGGCGUUAAGAUGCAUUUCGGUGUUUGGAAGACUAAUGUUUACGUUUCUAAUGACUGUUAGAACCAGCAGGCGAGUGGCGUUUCAUAGCGGAAAUUUGCCCGUUGUGAUUGGGAUCGUUUCCUUCUUUGCUCCUCUGUUUGGUCUCGGUUUCGUGAACCUUUUCUCUGACAACAUCGACCCUCACUACAUGCCUCUAGAUAAAGCCCUGAGCGAGCGCAUUGCGAUUGUCAUAACUCAAUCUUCGAUACUUUUGCCUUCCACUACAUAUAUAUUGCUAGAGCUCAAGAUCAUCAACUCCGAGCUUGGUCGCCUUGCAUUGUCUGCAUGUGUUAUCAACGACAUCUUGGGGAUUUUUGCCAUGAUGGUCGCCACUAUACAAGCAACCUACAUUCAUGUUUCACAUGCAACAGCCUAUCGUGACAUUGUCGCAAUGAUCAUCUUCUUUCUCAUCGUUUUUCUUGUUUUUAAGCCGAUGGUGCAAUGGAUCAUAGACCGCACACCCGAAGACAAGCCAGUGGAGGAUAUAUAUAUUCAUGUCGUGAUUCUGACUGUAUUUGCUUCAGCGGCUUAUUUUGUGUUUUUCAACAUGAAAUACAUCUUAGGACCAUUAAUAAUCGGCAUCAUCAUACCUGAGGGUCCACCGUUAGGAUCGGCUCUGGAGGCUAAGUUUGAGAGGCUCACGAUGAACGUGUUCUUACCAAUCUCAAUAACAUUCAGCGCAAUGAGAUGUGAUGUAGUAAGGAUCUUUAGCCAGUUCACUGACAUCUUCUUCAACAUCUUCCUAACAUUUCUUAUACUUGUCAUAAAACUGGUCGCAUGCCUUACACCUUGCUUGUACUACAAGUUACCUCUUAGUGAAUCCAUGGCUGUUUCCCUCAUCUUGAGCUACAAAAGUUUUGUUGAAUUCGUUCUCUAUGAAUCUGUAUUAGAGGAAAAGUUGAUAUCGCUGGCCACUUACGCGUUCUUAAUCAUAUAUUCACUAUUAAAUGCAGGGAUUGUUCCUAUGGUCUUAAGGAGCAUGUACGAUCCGAAACGAAAGUACGUUAAUUACCAGAAAAGGGACAUAUUGCAUCUAGAACCAAACUCAGAUCUUCGAAUUCUAACUUGUUUGUACAAACAAGAAAACGUCUCUGAGACCAUUGCACUCCUUCAAUUGUUGUCCUCACCGAACCUUGACUUCCUUAUCACGGUCACAGUUCUCCACCUUGUGAAGCUAGUUGGUCAGAUCAACCCUAUCAUAGUCUCACACGACAAGAAGUUGAAAAGGCUUCACAAAAACUCGUACAUCCAUACCGCAAACCUUGCCUUUAGACAGUUCAUGGAAGAAACCUUAGCGUCUGUAACCGUGACAACGUUCACCGCUUUCUCGCAUGAGAACUUGAUGCACGAAGACAUUUGCACACUUGCACUUGACCGGACGACAUCGAUGAUUAUCGUCCCAUCGGGGAGGAAAUGGACCAUAGAUGGGAUCUUUGAGUCUGACGACAAUGCCAUAAGACAUAUAAACAAGUCAUUACUCGAUAGUGCGCCUUGUUCUAUAGGCAUUCUAGUAGAUCGGGGACAGUUCUCGCGGAAAAGCAAUGUAACAAGCAAGUAUAGGUACAACAUUGAUGUCGGUGUACUAUUCAUUGGAGGCAAAGACGAUAGGGAGGCACUAUCAUUGGUGAAGAGGAUGAAACAUAACCCGAGGGUUCGUGUAACCCUGAUUCGACUCAUCUUCAACCAUGAAAUAGAGUCAGAUUGGGACUAUAUUCUUGAUAACGAAGGCAUAAAGGAUUUGAUGAGUACUGAAGACAACAAAGAUAUUGUUUAUACAGAGAGGAUAGUGAACAGUGGUGUUGAGGUAGUCAAAGCUGUCCAAUUGCUUGCAAAAGAGUACGAUCUUAUGGUGGUUGGCAGAGAUCAUGAUAUGACAUCACAAGACUUAUCAGGACUAAUGGAAUGGGUCGAACUACCAGAGUUAGGUGUCAUCGGGGAUUUGCUGGCGGCUAGAGAUCUAAGCUCUAAGAUCUCGGUUUUAGUAGUUCAACAACAACAACAACAAACCUGACAUGUUUUGAUCGCAGGACUAUGCAUUCUUUUAGGAGAAACUUUUAGAAAAUUUUAACAUGUGAAAAUAGUCAUUCAUUUUAACAAUUAUUUUUAACAUUUC